GAAAUUUCCCACGAAGGACACAAGCAUGGAGAGAGACGAAAAGACGGAAGAUGCUAUGGUCAUAUCAGAAGAAGCUGAUACAGACACGGAUUCUAGCUCAGAAGAAGACGUGGACGAUGUAGAUCUUACCGAUGGAAUGGGUACCGGCCCGUCCACCGACGAAUUGCAGACCGCGAAGAAGCAGGUGGAAGACCAUCCCUACGAUUACGGUGCGCAUAUUGGGUACAUAACGGCCCUUCGCCAAGCCUCCGAUUUUGACGCCCUAAGGGCUGCGAGGAAUGCUAUGGCGGACGUCUUUCCCUUGUCGGAAGAUCUAUGGUUAGAGUGGGUUCAGGAUGAAGCUCGACUCGCCGCGACUUUGGAAGAGAAACAGGCCAUUGUGGAUCUGUAUGAUAGGGCCACCAAAGACUAUCUCUCUAUUAAAAUCUGGCAUGCAUUCAUCACAUUCCUUUUUCACGAGUAUGAAAUAUCUUUGGAUGAGGAUGAAGAUGAGAGCUGGAUGGAUUUGGAAACGGUGCGGGGGUUUUGCGAGCAGGCGAUCAAAGCGACAGAGCUGCACUUCAGUCAGGGAGCAACAGUAUGGAAUGCAUACCGGGACUUUGAAACAGCGUUGCUCGAUCGGUCACCCGAUGAACUCCAAGUUAAACGUGUACGCGAUAUGUACCUCAAACGGUUGAGGAUCCCGCACGCUCAAUUGGAAGAAACUUUCAGCGACUACUCAGGUUUUGAAAGUAAAUACGAUAGUGAGCAGUACGAAAAGCAUCUGACGAGCGCGAACGCUUCGGUUGCGAAAACGCGAGUUGAGGUGGAGCUGCGCGAGCCGUAUGAAAAGGCUCUGGUGGAUUCCGGUCAAGGUCUUGCUGAAUUCCUCGCUUAUGUGACUUUCGAAACCUCGCGACCUAAAGGUGGCGAUAAGUUUCGCAUCCGUACGCUUUAUGAGCGUGCGAUCAGCGUCCAUUGCCUCAACCCGACACUCUGGGACGCCUAUAUAAUAGAUAUGUCAAAUAUGUUCCAAAUCGGGGUCGUGUUGAUACCUCUUGCCGAGCGCUCUGUGCGGAACUGUAAUUGGGCGGCAGAUUUAUGGUGUCACUAUUUCAGAAUCAUGGAACGGUUUGGCCGAACGAAGGGCGACAUUGAAGCUGCUUACACGCGCGGGCUAUCGUUUAUUUCUCCUACGUCCAACCUGGAGGAGGUGGUAAAGCUAAUGAAAGCAUUCGGAGAAUACCUUGUGCGUCAGAUCGACUGGAGUGCAGGUACACCCACCCCUGGCGAAGCUGGCGAAAUAAUCACCCGGUAUAAGGACAAUAUUGCCUACAUUCGUGAAACCUUUCCAACUGGCGACCCCUAUCUGCGCUUAGAACGUGGCCUGCUGCGAUUUUUGACCCAUAAGCUGAAGGAUAUCCAGUCCGCGCGUUCUACUUAUGCUGACGUGUGUAAGAACGGCGGUCAAAGCGACAUUUGGUUGGAAUAUGCAGAAUUUGAGCGGUACCACGGGACUGCAACAUAUUGUCGCGCUGUCUAUAAAAAUGCAACUCUCCGCAGAACGGACUGGCCAGAGCGCAUUUUCGAGGCGUGGCUUACCUUUGAGCAAGAAGAAGGAACGAUGGAAAUGUACUACGAGGCAGCCGGAAUUAUUAGCAAACAAAUUAAAAUUGUGGAAAAGAGGCGUGCGGAGGAAGCUGCAAAGUUGACCGAUAUUCAAUACGAUCCUGGACAGUUGCCGGAUAGGAAGCGCCCGCGGGAGGAGGGAGCCGAUGGCAAAGACGAGCCCGACGCGAAACGCCCAAAAGCAGAGCAGGCGGAGAAGGCAAACUACUACGACUUUCAUGUUAUCGACAAUAAACUUGCUGGCAGUAUUCUGUACGUGACCAAUCUCUCGCCACGGACUACUGAGCUAGACCUGCAGAACUUGUUUGCACAGUGUGGAAAAGUGGUGGACUUGAUCUUAAAACCCAAUGAAGAAACCGGGGAGCUUGAAGCAUAUGUCGAAUUUUCAAAAGCGGUUGAAGUACGGAAAGGUGCUGCGCUGAACGGCACAGAUCUUAAUGACUCCCAAAUCAAAGUUGUCCGAUGCCGGCCGGCGGAAAGCAUUUGGCACUUUGCCGACGCAAAGGAGAUCAAUAAGAUCUAUGUGUCGAAUUUGCCGGUAAAUGUUGAAAAGAAAGUUUUGCGAGUCGCUUUUGAAAAGUACGGACCGUUGAGAGAAGUUCGUCUGGUCCAACGAAAAACAAUUGCAUUUGCCUACAUCGAGUUCCGCGAUGCGGAAUCAGCUCAACGUAGUCUCGAACUGGAUCAGAAACAACUUGUCCCAGGUAGCGACAAAAAAAUUGGUGUUGCCAUAUCGGAUCCCACCAAAACCAAGCUUAAGGUAGCCGAUGAAAAGGAACUUUAUGUGACAAAUCUUCCUCGAGACAUUCAAAAGGAGGAUGUAGAGAUGAUGUUCAAUAAGUUUGGCGCCGUCAAAGACGUCCGACUUCCUACCUUCAAUGAUGGAACCCAACGAGGUAUUGCCUUUAUUGAGUUCGACGAUGAGCGCGCAGCAAAAAGUGCAUUAUCCUUGAAUGGGACAACCGUAGAAGGUCGUGUAAUUGUAGUUACCAUCCCCGAUCCAAAUAUGCGGAAGGAACGGCAAGAUGCGCGGCGAGGUUUCCAUGGCGAGCGUGCAGGACGUGGGGGGAGGGGCGGGCGUGGUGCUGGACGAGGUGGUAGAGGUGGUGGAGGCGGUUGGGGGCGCGGUGGAGGCUGGCACAACCAAGAAGGACAUGCCAAAGGGAAUGCUCAUGACGACAUCCAGGCCCCUUUCAAACCUGUUACUAGCUUCCUGCCCCGUGCCGCGGGCAGAGGCAGUCGGGCCCCUCACCGGAAGCUUGGGAGAGCCCACGCUCCUGCCCAAGCGGAAACAUCUUCUGGAGAUACUGCGAAUGAUGGGACCGCGUCCCGUGGUACAAGCAAAUCUCAAGACGAUUUUAGGAAAAUGUUGAUGGGUGGCAAGUGAGAGGUGGCAUACUUUAUACUUUGCCCAUCCGAAGAGAUAUGCAUGUGUGAAAUAGCAUAGCACUCCUUCACAUCUAUAAAGAACUCAAGCAUCCAACCAGCAAUUCACCCAAAGGGUAGACAGGCCGGCAAGCCUUGAAAUAAAAUAUGCAAUUAUCUAAAAAAUAAAUACAGGAGAAUUGCUAACUGUG